AUGCUCUUGGGGGCCUUUUACUUGAACAAAAUGAAUGCUUCUCAAUAUUUCAAAAUUGGAAAUCCCUUACUUUUCACCUGUUCAGGUGCUUCGACUGUCGGCGGCGCCUUCACUGAAGAAAUCAUUCGCGAAAUGGCUAAAAUCAAUAAGCGGCCAAUAAUUUUCGCCUUGUCGAAUCCAACCGACAAAGCGGAAUGCACCGCCGGAGGACGCCUAUCGUCUGACCGAAUUCAGGGACAAGUGUUAUUCGCUUCUGGCUCACCGUUUGACGACGUCGAAUACAACGGGAAGAUAUUCAAACCCGGUCAAGGAAACAAUUCUUAUAUCUUCCCUGGAGUCGCUCUUGGCGCCAUACUCUUCAAAGCAAAGCACAUUCCUGACAUGGCAUUCUUACUUGCAGCAAGGCGCUGUGCAGAGUCGGUCACAGUGAAGUCACUGGAGAAAUAUUCGCGGUUGUAUCCACGUCUGAAGGACAUCCGCGAGCUGUCAGUUCAUAUCGCUGUCGAUGUGAGUUUCACCUUCGUUUUUAUACAUACAGUGCUUAUC